ACGUUCCCUUACUACUUAUUCUGUUUUUUGUCCCUUCGUAAAGUCUCAAGCUUAUCAACCUCACAAAAUUUCUCAUAGCUUCCUCUUUCUCGUAAUGAAGAAUGACUUAAAAAUUAUAAAUUUUUAUUUCCAGUUCAGAUAAGUGGCGAUACAGAUCGUCGGGGUACAAAGGUCUUGUAAAAGAUUGUGCUGCACGUUCAAUAAUUAAGUCGUUGAGACAUAGCCAACAUGUCAAACCUUGUAGCUGGAAAAUUAGCUUUCGUUACAGGUGCCGGUAGUGGAAUAGGCAGGGCUGUGUGUCGCGUUCUAGCAAGAGAAGGUGCACAGGUUAUAGCAACUGAUCAAAAUAUAAAAACAGCUGAGGAGACUGUGUCGACUUUAACAGGCACAGGACAUUUGUCAUUAGAAAUUGAUGUUUCCUCAUCACAAAGUGUGGAUAAUGUAUUAAAAAAGACACUAGAUACAUUCGCAAAACCGCCAACGAUCGUAGUUAAUUCGGCUGGUAUAACUCGGGAUAAUUUUUUAUUGAAACUCGAUGAGAAUGAUUUCGAUCGUGUACUGCAAGUCAAUUUACGUGGGACAUUUUUGGUAAUACAAAAAAUCGUUAAUAUUUUGAUAGAGGCAAAACAGUCAAAUGGCACUUCUAUUGUUAAUAUGGGAUCGAUUAUUGGAAAAUUCGGAAAUAUUGGUCAGGUUAAUUACGGAGCUUCGAAAGCUGGCGUUGAAAAUAUUACAAAAACGGCAGCUGCUGAAUUUGGGAAAUUUGGCGUGAGGGUAAAUACCGUUUUGCCGGGAUUCAUAUCCACUCCUAUGACAGAUGUCGUUCCGGAUAAAAUUAAAGAAAUAUUUAUGAACAAAAUAGCUUUGCGCAGACUGGGAAAGCCUGAAGAAGUGGCAGAGCUUGUACUUUUCUUAGCAUCGGAUAGAAGUUCUUAUAUAAAUGGUGCUUCUAUUGAAAUUACAGGAGGAAUGAACUAGAUGAUUAAUCUUGUGAGAUCAGUGGAUUUGAAAUAUUUAGUAAAAUGUUAAAAUGAACUUGAUUACAAGAGAUCAAUAAACCUGAUAUAUAUUUUUUAAAUGCAUAAUCUAGAUAUAGGACAAUGGGGAAUCACAGUGAAUGGUAAAUACAGUGUAAAAAUAAAUAUUUAUAAGUUAAUCAUGAAUAA